CUUCCGUGGGCGGGAGCUUCCGCCGGGCCCGCCGCUCCCCGCCACCGCCGGUGGCACGGGCAGAGCCGCCCGUGCCCUCAGCAAAGAUGGCGGCGGCGGGAUGCGCGUCCCUCCGGCGCCGCCCGCCCCGCCCCUCCGGCGGUAGCGACCACCGGUGACGCGCAACGUGCGCGACGGCCGGGGCGGCGGCGGGGACCGGGUAGGAGCGGGCCCGGGCCCGGGCGAGUGAUGCCCAAGAAGUUCCAGGGUGAAAAUACCAAGUCGGCUGCUGCCCGCGCAAGGAAAGCUGAGGCAAAGGCAGCAGCCGAUGCCAAGCGGCAGCAGGAGCUGGAAGAUGCCUACUGGAAGGAUGAAGACAAACACGUGAUGAGGAAGGAACAAAGGAAGGAAGAGAGGGAGAAGCGGCGGCUGGAGCAGCUGGAGCGCAAGAAGGAGCUGCAGCGCCUGCUGGAGGAGGAAGACUCGAAGCUGAAAGGGAAGUCGCCCAAGCAGGUCACUCCGGGCAAAGUCACCAGGGCCCAGAUCGAGGAGACGAUCAGAAAAGACCAGCAGCAGAAGGAGAAUGCAGAUACAGUGGAGAAGGAGAAGACUCACUUGGAGGUCCCCUUGGAGGAGAACAUCAACAGAAGGGUACUGGAGGAAGGAUCAGUGGAGGCCAGGACGAUUGAAGAUGCCAUUGCUGUCCUCAGCGUUGCCAAUGAUCUGGACCGUCACCCUGAGCGCCGGAUGAAAGCUGCCUUCACAGCUUUUGAAGAGGUCAAUCUGCCACGCCUGAAGCAAGAGAACCCCAACAUGCGCCUGUCCCAGCUCAAGCAGCUCCUCAAGAAGGAGUGGAUGAAGUCUCCAGAAAACCCCAUGAACCAGCGGCACAAAGCUUACAACAGCCAAAAGUAGAACUAGAGCUGAUCAUCCUUCCCUGGACAGUGGGCUGGAGCCCCAGGGCUCUGCUCUGAUAAAAACAGGAGACACCAGGAACCUCCUCUCCUUUUGUUUCUCUUCCCCACCCCCACUUUCUGUCUUUCUCUGUUCUUGGAUUUAAGAUAAGCACGAGGUCACAGCUCACCUGGGGACCCUGCAGUGUCCUGCUGUCUUCACUGACAGCCUGUGCCCCCCCCAACAUGCUCACCCCUCCACAGGCAGCUGGUGCAGCGCGACCUGGAUGGACUAACACUACCUUCCCACUUCCGAAUUUGGUUGUUAUUACAAAAAAAAGCUACUAACUCGCCUCCAGACCUUCAGCAUGGGCAGCGCUUGCGAGGUGCAGUGUGGGGACCCCCCCCACACCCGCCCCGUGCUGUCUAGCACCGCGCAUUAACCCGCUCACAGCCUGGACCUCAGCCUAACUGCAUUCAUCCCUGCCUCUACAGUGGCUGCGCCGCACCCUCGUGCUCUGCGGGGUGAAUUUUUGCAACUGUCACGAGGAAGGCACCCGCCCUCUCUUGCUCAUGUCAUCCUUGGUGCUGGGAUGGCCCCGAAGAGAUUCCAAACUGGGAUUGCUGUUGGCCCAGCCUGCUGCCCGCCACCUCCCUCCUCUUGAUCUCUCCCAGCGCUGCGUUAGGUGGGGAGGAGGAACCGCAACGGGAGCAGAAGCUCUGUCAGCAUGGUGGUGUGAGGAAGAGAGAAAAUAACCUUCCGUCUUCAAGGAGGAAUGGGAGAGAUAACACAGCACAGCGUGGUUCCUGCCUUGUCCACGCAGGAUGCUGGUGCCAGACUUCUCUGUGUGACUUCCCUGCUGGCCUUGCCCAGACCCUCACGCACUGCUGGUGGGACAGGAGGGUUCCAGGAGGGGCUGCAACCCCGCACCACCCAAGAACUGCCCCGAAAAGGGAUCCUGCUGCUUCUCCCAUCGCUCUCUUCCCUCUCUUGUUCCCAGGCUCGGUCGAGAAAAUGCCCUGUGGGCCUGUGGAAGGGAAUGUGGGACUGUCAGCUCAGCAGCUUCUCCCGCUGCCGGGCUGAGGGCACCGUCCCAGCCGUGCCGCCUCGGCUCCCCUUCGGCCAGAGCCCCCUGGUCUCUCCACUGGUCACAGCAAAAAGAAAUCGGUGAGCUCCCUUGGGAGGGCCGGGGCAGGGCUGGAGAGGCUCAGCCCCUCGCCUCGAGCAGGCACUGGCUUUUCCUCUCUUCCCUCUCCCCUUUCACAUCCCCUCUGGUCUCCUUUGGGAGUGAAAUUCCUUCCCCCAAGGUCUAAACCCUUGACCAGGCAGCAGCUCCACUGCCGUUGGUGCUUACCUGUGGGUAUAACCGGGGUUGCCAAACUGAGACAAAAACUCGUGGCUGUCUCAGCGUCCUGCUGGGAUUUCUUCUGAUUUUUUUUUUUUUACAAAUGGGGUUCAGCCCCAGGUGGGUAACGGGCAGCGGGGUGGCCUCUGCCCCUGCACAGGAUCUGCAAGGAGGCGGGGAGGGUUGCAGGAGUCUGCAGGGCUGCAGAAGCAUUUGCACUUUGGUGGGGAAGGGGGGUUGAGGAGAUGAUGCUGAAGCUGAGGGGCUGUGCCCGUUUUGGGGCUCUCCCCGGCCCUCUCUGUGCCCAUUUUGGGGCUCUCCCCGGCCCUCUCUGUGCCCAUUUUGGGGCUUUCCCCGGCCCUCUCUGCACCCCACUUGCAGAACCAGGCUAAAGGAGCGGGGCUGGCCCCUGAGAACGUGUGUGUGUGUGUCCCCUCUGCACCCUCAAGCCCAGCUGGUAAAGACAGGGAGGAAUGCACCUGGUGUCUCCCCUUUCUGUGAGAAGUUUGUUGUGUUUGAACCCAAUUAAUUAAAAAUUAAAACCCCC